AUGUCACUCCUUCUCUCCACGAUCCCUGAUCUUACUCCCUACGUGACGAAGAAAGGCGCAUAUCCAGCGGCACACGGUGGUUUCGCAGACAUAUGGAUGUGCACGUUGAGCAAUGAAGCAUAUCCAUCGAUUACACAACACGUCGCCGUGAAAGUCCUUCGCUCACUUGGUGGGGCAUUUAAUGACGAGGAUAAGCACGAAAAGAGACUUCGGCGGGAGCUUGCGGUCUGGCUGAAGCUCAAGCAUCCCCAAGUAUUGCCACUUUACGGUAUUGUAUCGGACUUUGGGCCCUAUCCAUCUAUGGUCUGCCCGUGGAUGGAUAGAGGAAAUCUAAACAAUUAUCUUAUCAUCCAUCUGUUAACACGAGACUCGGAGCUGAGCCAAGUCUGCGCUGGACUGGCCUAUCUACACUCCCGCUCAGUGGUACAUGGAGAUCUUACAGGUUGCAACGUGCUCAUCAAUGGCGACGGGGAUGCGUGUUUAAGUGACUUCGGUCUGUCAACUAUUAUUUCGGAUCUGCAAGGUGUCUCCACCUUUACUUCAUCCAUUGGUGGAAACGUCCGCUUCGCGGCCCCUGAGUUGUAUGAAGUCGGCGACGACGAUAUUAGGACAUUCCCCACUGCGCGCAGUGACAUCUACUCACUUGGCAGCGUAAUACUUCAGACGCUGACCGGGGUGAUACCCUACCAUUAUAUGAGAACAGAUGGCCAGGUACUCAUAGAGUUAUCGCGAGGUGUACAUCCACGCCGGCCGCAAGACCCGAUUGUCACAGAAGCACGCUGGGGAUUGUUGUGUGCUUGUUGGGAGCGCGACCCAUUACGCCGACCCACGCUAGAGGCCGUCGCUGAAUGCCUUGAGGGCCCAGAAAGAAUAUUCCGCCCAGCCCCACCUGCACUGGCCCAUAUAACUGGUCUCCAUCGGGACUCUAUGAUCAACCUCUCACAUGGACGAAAGAUGGAGUCAUGGACAGCUCAUUACGAAGAUAGGGUUGUCGCUGUCAAGAUGUUCAGGUUACCUUGGUCAACCCUAGAGAAAGGCGCGGCUCUGCAGGAAAUGCAAAAUAUCGGACAAAUAGAACAUGACCAUCUUCUUGCCUAUGUCGCUACGACGGAGUAUGAUGGUUUUCCAGGUGUUGUGAUGCCAUGGCUUUCCACUUUUAAUCUCUGUUCGUACCUACCAAACACCUAUGUUCCCGUUUCUCGGAAGCUUGUCCUUCUUCGACAAAUUGCCAGCGCCUUGUCCCACCUCCACUCUACGGGCCUUGUCCACGGGGGAAUGACUGGGUGGAAUAUACUCAUUACCGAUGACGGAGAGGCUAAGCUCAGCAAUUUUGGGAUCAUGCCUAUUCUCUAUCGGCACACCGAGCCUUCUAAGAUGUCAGAAACCUAUGACGAGGAUUGCCGAUGGGCUGACCCGAUUCUUUGGUUUGAACGCACCGAUGGCAAAUCUCGUCCAUCGGAAACGUUUGCCACCGAUAUCUACGCAUUUGGACGUGUGGUGUACCAGAUUAUGACCAACGAAGCACCAUUCUAUGACCCCUGUGAUGAUAUGAAGAAGUUUCGGUCUCUUCUGAAAAACUAUACGGUUGCUACGUUUCGUCCUCCCAUACCCCCAAACCAGUUGGGCGAUAUCUGGAAGCUUGCUGGGGACUGCUGGGAGGUUGAUCAUCGCAAGCGGCCAACGAUGCAGAUGAUUAUCUCUCAACUUUCCACCAUAGCUACCCCACUACCCACCUCGCCGUGGACUGUUAGGAUGGGGCAUCGGAGUAUUCCCUUUGAUCGUACGACGGUUCAGCGCGAUGACGGCCCGCGAGUAGAAUGA